UCAACUGCCACUUAAACGUGCAUGAAAUGUUUUGUUUAUAUUUCUACCCAGAUUUCCAGUAAUUUUGGGACUGCAAAAGCAAAAAAAUGGUAAUGAUAUCAAGAAACACAAACACACUUCUGCUGACAACAGAAAGUAAGGUACUUGUAUGUGACCUAAAAUCUGAACAACAAACUGUACUUGAAAUUCCGGCACCUGUUUUGCCAGACAACUUGACCAAAGAUCAACGAAAUAUUCUGUUAAAACACGAGAAGACCGUUAAUUCCGUAGACUUUUCGCUGACGGACCAGUACAUGUUGCUUUCUACAGAAAACAAACAGAUUUUAGUCUACAGCAGUGACUUGAAGUUAAUAAAAAACUUUACAGUAAAUAGGGUGCCUAGCAAAGCUGUCUUCACCCCUUCCAAUGAUAUAAUCGUGGCAGACAAAACUGGUGACGUCUAUUUAUACGAACUGGAAGGUGAUGAAAAGCCCACGCUACUGCUCGGUCACUUGAGUAUCAUUUUAGACGUGCUUGUCACAAAGGAUGGAAAAUAUAUAAUAACCUGUGAUAGAGAUGAGAAAAUCAGAGUUUCGCAUUUCCCAAACUGUUACAACAUCGCUACGUUCUGUCUGGGACAUACAGAGUUUGUUACGUGCAUAAAGGUUGAGGGCAAGAUCCUCAUCUCAGCUUCAGGAGAUGGUACUGUGCAGUUUUGGGAUUUUCUCAGAGGAAAGCAGCUCAAUAUAGUGAAUACAAACGCUCAUGUUGAAGAGAGUAAUACACUGCUAGAGUUUAGUGAAACCAUGGACAAAGAAAAAGUAGAUGUUUCUGCUCUACCUGUGAUCAAUGUGCAAAUAUCCGAGAAUUUUAUGGCAGUGCAGUUACAUAAAUGUAGUACAUUGCAACUGUAUAGUGUAGACUUUAGUAAAAAUAAGUGUGAAGUUCAACUUAUUUUUAAGUUAUGCAUAGCACCUAUUUUCAGUUUUUGUUUUAGUAAAUUAGAACUCAUUGUUUUUAGUGAUAGAUUAAGAACUUUUAAAUUAGAGAACAAUCAAUUUGUAGAAAUAGAAUCGGUGUUUUUAAGGAAACUGUGUGAUAACUAUAAGGCUAAUUUCAAACACUUGGAUGAGGAGUGCCUUACGGUACUAUAUAAAAGAAAAUUUGAUAAUAUGCAGGAGUAUUAUGAAAGAAAAAAGCAGAGGAUUGAAUCCUUAAAAUAA